AUGUCAUCAAUCGAUUCAGUUGAGAAUCGAUUCAAUCAAUCUAUCCAAACAUUCAAAUCACAUCUGAUCACUUUAAACCAACUUCAACAACGUUCUCAUCAUGAAGUUUUAAAAUCAUUCAAUCAUUCAAAUUCACUUCAACUUUCAAAUCAAGCUAUUCAAAUCCUUUCACAUUUCUUAGAUGAUAAACUCAAUUUAUAUCGAUUUUUAAAGAGAGAAAAGUUUGAUAUCGAAAACACUUUGAAACUUCUUUCAAAUACAUUACAAUGGAGACUUGAUUCUCAAAUCGAUUUACUUUCAUCAUCUUCAAUCGAUCCAUUUUACCUUCAUCAACCUUUAUUCUACUUUCACCCUCAACUCAAGGAUAAAUGGAAUAGGCCUUGUGGUGUACUCAAUCUUAAACACGUUAGUCGGACUGAGGAUGGAACUUUGGAUGGUUUGAAGGAAUUCAUUGCUUGGUCCUGGGAACUUGGUCGUCGGUACAUGCAAGACUCUAAUUCAGAUUCACUCAACACUCUCCUUUCUCAAUCCGAUAAUCUAAACCCGAACUCUGAUACCGAGUCAGUUCCAAUUCAGCUUCAAAUGGUUAUUAUUGUUGAUCUCAAGGAUGCCUCUCUCAACAAUCUGGAACUCGAAUUACUCCCAUAUUUCAUGGAUCUACUCAAGAAUAAUUUUCCAGGAAUGGUGGGAGCCAUCUUUGUCCUCAACUACGGUUGGAUGUACUCAGGAAUGUGGCAAGUAGCCAAAAGAGUUUUACCUCAAUCUACACUUGAUCGGAUCAUGUUUCCAAAUCAAAAAGAGUUGUUGAAGUUCUUCAAUCCUUCCAAUUUAUUAACCCAACACGGCGGAAAACUCGAAUAUCAAUACCAUCAUCUCAAUAAUCCAAUCAUUAAUCUAUAUGGGAAACCACCUUCUGUUACCACCACCACCACUACUACAGCGCCACCCAUCAACACUACCUUGCCUACAGAAGAACCAGCAGAACUUGACGACCAAUCCACUCCGAACAUAAUUCCCAUCUCUGCAUUGUCACCUAGCUUAUCCCGACGAUCUAGUCUAGAAUCUUUGCGAGAUCUCUUCUUCUCAGCUCCUACUACACCUUGGGCAACAUCAUAUCCGGGAACCCCGCCAAGAGCUCAUGCUCGUCCAAAUUGGUUAAGUAUGACCACCGUCCAUACAGGACAUCAUACACCUGUUGGCAAUCAUCAACGGCAUCAUUCACUCUCGGUCUCCAAGUUUGGAGAAGCUAUACGUGAAAACCUUUUGAAAAAAGUUCAAAGGGAAGAAUGGAAUGAAGCACCAUUACUUCGGUCUACAAACCCAUUAAGGGAUUUUAGACUUCACCUUCCUAGUAGGAAAUUGACUGCUGAAACAGAAGAACUUACACCUACCAAUUCGGAUUGUUCAGCUACUGUUGUACCUGAUGAGGAAGAAGAAGAUCAAGAAGCUGAUGAUCAGAGUCCACCUAUGCAAAUCUCGAUUUCUUUACCUGACCACUCGACUUCUUGGAAUAGUUCAACUAAAACUGAUCAUAAGGAUUACAAACCAAAAGGACAAUGGCUCAUUAAGAUUGGUUCAACAUCUUCAAUUGUAGACCACACCAUAUCACCAUCAGGUAAUCAUAUAUUCCUUUCAAAAUAA